CAGUAGACGUAUGUGCAUGGCCAGACUCUGCGCAUGCGCACUUUCUAGUCUUGUUGAUACAGCCCAAACUAAAACUGAGUAGUCAACAUGUCCACCGCUGCUGCUCAACAAAACAAUAACGAAGAGCCCGGACUACACGGCUCUUGGGUGGAGUUGGAGUUGAACGGAAAUACUGGCGCUCAGGGCGUGCACACUACCUUGCAGAUGACACCUGCUGAAGACCAACUAAAUGCAAACACUGGCAUAAGUCAAACCUUGGAAGUGGUGCCUGAGCUCGAUGAAACCCUCAUUGGAGGUCUAGAACAUGUUCCCUCGUCCUCUUCCAUUCACAAUGGAGACAUGGAGAAGAUCCUCCUAGAUGCGCAGCACGAAUCGAGUGCGAGUAACUCCUCGUGUGACAGUCCCCAUAGGCCACCAAGUCCUGAACAGGAUGAUGGUCAGAUUACCUUUGAUGUGGACAUGUCUAGUCCAAGAGGUAGUCAGUCAGAAGAAGGUGGCACAGACAAAGACAAAGAGGAUGACAUCCUCAUGAACAAAGAAGUAGAUUGGGUUGAUUGGUCCAGCAGGCCAGAAAAUAUUCCGCCAAAGGAGUUCCACUUCAGGCACCCUCGGCGUGCAGUUUCCCUUAGUAUGCGAAAGAGUGGCGUCAUGAAGAAAGGCGGCGUAUUGUCUGCUGAAUUCCUGAAAGUUUUCAUCCCGUCUCUUCUCAUUUCACACAUCCUCGCUCUUGGAAUUGGGGUGUACAUCGGUAAAAGAAUUGCCACGGCCUCCGCCAGUUCUUUCUGAGUAGAAAAUGAAGCAGUGCCUGGAUGUCCCUCGUCUUUCAAGCAAUCUGUUGUCCAGCGUGUCUACCCACAGUCAUCGUGCACCCACAUCCAAUCAGCGUUAGAUUCUGUCACAUUGUAAGUGUAUUCACACACAUGUUGUAAUGUGGUUGCACUCCUUCACAUCUUGACCCCAGGGCAUCCCAGUUGACUCGUAUCCAGUCGAUACUAGUUCCUGAUCAAGAUGGGAACUAUCAUCACGUUCAAACACAAAUGUGACAAGAGUUUGACGUCAGUCAGCUUUAGGAUUGGGAAUGGGUCCGCGGUAUUUUGCUCCGUAUUGUUUUUUGUUGUUGUUUUGUCACCAGAAAUCUUGGCCUUCUAGCUGCUCUUUCAGUUACCACCGUCUGUGAACCAAAAAUGUGCGCCGUAUCUGCAAUAUGAACAAAAGUACAGGUAGUUUAUAUCUGAGAACAGAAGGAGUUUGUAUCGCCUUAACUUUGUGAGCAUGUGUGCAGUCGUCGGAUGGAAAUAAACAAUGCUGCACAGUGGGAUCCCACUUUUUUUUAAGCUUUGUUUGGAAGAUUGAAAUACUUUAUCAUGAUCGACCAUGUAGCCACUGAGUUGUGUAUUUUGUGUUAAUCUGAGUAUUUUGGAAGAGUUUAACACGGGCCAUAAGCUGGUUUUUAUUUAUUAUAUUUUUCUUACAUUACAGCAACAAUGUCAUAUCUUUUACUACUGCACAUCGGUGAUAUGUCAUUAGACUGUUUUUCCCUAACACGUUUAAAUAUGUAAAUGUGAAGAUACUUUAAGAUGUGCUAUGCUCCAACUAAUAGAAACCUCCUGACAUUGUAUUAAUAUUAAUACAUUGAUAUCUGCAUAUAUGUAGUGUCAGUGAUGUGUUUUUGCUGUCAUCUCCCCGGUACUUGCUUCACGGUUUGAGGCAAAAUCCACAAUGAGCCUGUCUAAAUAUUUCCAUUCGUGUCAUUUAAAUAACAUGUACAGCGUGUUUCUAGAAAAGAAAUACAGUAAGUAGAUAUACAUUUCCUAAUGUAAGUGCAUUUAAUUUCUGUAUAUUGAUGCCAAUUGAUGAAGAUGGAUGUGUGACUCGUCUGUCAGUGCUUUUAAGUUGUUAAUCAUGUUAAAUGACAGAACAUUGUUUUGGUUGCUGUGACAGAUUUGGUUUUCAACAUAUAAAACACUGACCAACUCAUCUUAAAUAUCAAUAUGGGCUUGUGUACAGUUAUUAAGGCAGUGACUUGCGUGAAAAUAUAAGGUGCCAUAAAGAAAAUGUAUAGUCACUAGGACUCAAACAUGUAUAUGUCAUCAUUGACAUAGGCUUCUGCACAGCUGAUAAGCAAUCAGUAGAAAUAUUAGAAACUCUGAACUGACUUUGUACUGAAUAAAGCUGAAAAUAAAAACAAA